CAAACUAACACAGGGGCAGAAAACCAAACGCUGCAUGAUCUCAUUCAUAAGUGGGAGUUAAACAAUGAGAACAUGCACAUUCAUUUGUGAAAACAUUGAUCUCUUUAGCCUAGUUUGACUAAAUUCGUGGCCCUGAGCUACCUACUUCAGUACUGAAGAAAGCAUCUGGGAUGUAGACAAUUUCAGAGGUGAGUAACCCCCACAUGUGAAGACAGUGGCCUCUGAAAGAAUUCCAGGGCAUAAGAUUACUGAAUGUAAUAUUCUGUGGAAUGUAACAGUAUUCAUUACCAUCAAGAAUUUAAGGAAGAAUUUCAGUUGUAACUGCAGAUGGCAACCCUAUAUAAAUCUUUUAUCUUUCCAAUGCCCCACUGAAAAAUGCAACCAUCAUAGUCUUCAACUUGGUGACUGAAGUCUAGGAUUACAGCUAUGUUUUAGCCCAAUUAUUUUAGUAGAGCUCUCAGAAAAUAAAGCAGCUGACUCACCUCUUCCUGGAUGAAGUGUUUGGAUUAUGCCUCCCCAAAUACACAUGUGUGCUGGCAUGCAUACAUAUACAUAAACCCUCUGAAUAAAUAGCUUCUAUUCUGAUGCGGCCAUUCCUGUCCUGUGGGGCCACAACAAACUUUGACAUACUAAGUGAAGAAUAGAAAAUCCAGUCCUUACUGUCUAGCAACCUUCAUCCUCAUCUCCCACCCAUUCUAGUGCACUCUGGCUCUAGUCACCCUGGAGAGUGGCUGUUACACAAACUUGUAACUACACUCCUCUAGGCCUUUCCUGUUGCUGUUACUUCAGGUUAGAAUACUACUAAAACCCUUCCCAUGUAUUCAUCACUUAGAGUUCAACUUCUUCUUGAGGCUUUAUUGGAAACUGUCCACAAUUUAACAUACCCCAGACUAAGCUGUAAUUCAUUACUUACUUCUGCGUUUGUAUCACAUGUUAAUUGACCCUCCACCAGAGCAUCUAUUUUAUGAGUCAUGUUUAAUAAAUAAGGUUAAAGAUCAGAUGGUGUGAGAGAAAGUAAUAUGCUUGAGACUGACAGACCUGAGUGGUCUCUUUCUUUUAUUGCUGCUUGACUUUGGACAGGUACAUUUACCUCCAUGAACCAGUUUCCUCAUCUGUAAAAUAAGGAUCAUUAAGAGUAGCUACCUAAUAGCUAGCAUUAUAUGAAUUAGUAUGAGGAAAGUGAAAGCACCAGAAACAGUGCCUGCACAUAGUCAGUGCUCCAUAAGUGCUAUCUCUCAUUAUUAUUACCAUUGUUUGAACCUACCUCAGAAUGUAAGCACCACACAAAAAGGGAAAAAUCACUAUGUUUGUACUCUGAUAUACAGCACUGUGCCUGGCAUGUGGCAUGUGGUCAGUAAAUAUCUGUUGAGUGAAUGGAUGCUUUAACGAGUCUGUAAAAUAAUUCUCAUCGUUAGCGUCCUCCUCCUCCUCCUCCCUUCCUCCACCUUCUGCUCCUCCUCUUCCUCUCUGAAUCCUCUACCACCUGAUAGCAUGGUGCUUUAUGCCCCACAGAAAAACUUCAAGUGGAGGGAGCAUCACUGAACGCUCCUCAUCCCUUGACCCUUUUGCUGUAUCUGUUACUCCCUUUCUUGAAUUCUCUUCUCUAACAAGUUCAAGUUCAGCAGCAACCACUUCAACCAGCCUAGCCUGCCCUUCAGAGGUGAGGGGGAGGGAAUGAGAGGCAAGGCAAGGAAGACAGGGAAUGGGGCGUGGCCACUACGAUGCAAAGCCUGACUGCGCCUGCGUAGGCUGCGGCAAAAUAACGUUCUGAGGCUUGCAGUCGUUGCUGGCCAGCGCUUGUGUACAAAGAUCGCUCUUCACACCAGAUAUCACUUUUGAUCCUUCCAGCUCCAGGGUCUCGGGCUUCAGCUUUGUGCCGAGGCACCAACACUGCUACGGUCCUCUCUCCGACUGAUCGCUGAUCUCACCCUUCCCCCUCCUGUCUCCUGGAACCAUGUCUCUGGUAAGCCAGAAUGCACGCCGCUGUAACGCAGAGAUCACUGCAGAUUACAGCGACGGCAGAGGUGAAAUACAAGCUACUAACGCCUCCGGGCCCCCCACCCCCAUGCUAGUCGUUGAUGUCCCCCAGUGCCCUCAGGCACCAAUCAACCCUCAGUGUGUCAACACUUGCCAGGCCGUUCAGGACACGAAUGACCUGGAAGUCCUGAUCGACGAGCAGUCCAGACGUUUGGGGGCGCUCAGGGUCCACGACCCUCUAGAAGACAGGUCGAUUGCUUUGGUGAAUUUCAUGAGAAUGAAAAGCCAGAAGGAGGGGUCUAUCCAGCAGUCCGAGAUGCUGGAGUUUCUCAGCGAGUACUCAGAUCAGUUCCCUGAGAUCCUCAGACGAGCCUCAGCUCACCUGGACCGGGUCUUUGGGUUGAACCUGAGAGUUAUUGAUCCACAGGCUGACACAUACAAUUUAGUCAGCAAACGGGGUUCCCAGAUCACCGAUAGGAUAGUGGAGUCCUUGGAUAUGCCAAAAGCAAGUCUCCUGGCCCUAGUCCUAGGCCACAUCCUCUUGAAUGGGAACCGAGCAAGAGAGGCAUCCAUUUGGGACCUGCUGCUAAAAGUUGAUAUGUGGGAUAAGCCUCAGAGGAUCAAUAACCUCUUUGGGAACACAAGGAACCUCCUCACCACUGACUUUGUGCGCAUGCGAUUCUUGGAGUACUGGCCGGUGUAUGGCACUAAUCCCCUUGAAUUUGAGUUCUUGUGGGGCUCUAGAGCCCAUAGUGAAAUCACAAAGAUGGAAGCCCUGAAGUUUGUGUCAGAUGCCCAUGAUGAAGAACCCCAGAGCUGGCCAGAAGAAUAUAACAAGGCCCUGGAAGCUGACAAAACCAAAGAAAGAAGCCUGACUGCUGGCUUAGAGUUCUGGUCGGAGGACACUAUGAAUGAUAAGGCAAAUGAUUUGGUCCAGUUGGCUAUUAGUGUCUCUGAGGAGUUGCUGCCUAUACAUCAGGAUGAGCUAUUGGCUCACAUUGGCAAAGAAUUUGAGGAUGUGUUCCCAAAUAUCCUCAAUAGAGCUACUCUAAUUCUUGAUAUGUUCUAUGGGUUGUCUCUGAUUGAGGUUGAUACCAGUGAGCACAUCUACCUCCUUGUCCAGCAACCAGAAUCAGAGGAAGAGCAAGUGAUGCUAGAGAGCCUGGGGAGACCCACUCAAGAAUAUGUAAUGCCAAUCCUUGGUUUGAUAUUCUUGAUGGGCAACCGUGUCAAAGAGGCCAAUGUCUGGAACUUGCUUCGAAGAUUUAGUGUGGAUGUAGGGAGAAAGCAUGCCAUCACCUGUAAGCUUAUGAGACAGCGCUAUCUGGAAUGCAGGCCACUGUCCUACUCUAACCCAGUUGAAUAUGAGCUUCUAUGGGGUCCUCGAGCUCACCAUGAAACCACCAAAAUGAAAGUCUUGGAGUACAUGGCCAGGCUCUACAGAAAGCGACCACAGGACUGGCCAGAACAAUAUAGGGAGGCUGUGGAAGAUGAGGAGGCCAGAGCCAAAUCUGAGGCAACUACCAUGUUCUUCCUUGGUCCCAUGUGAAGUCUAGGGAAUAUGUAUCACUUCAGCUGAGUGGCAUCCGUUAAAGAUGCCUUGGUAAAAUUGGCAUUGGGGCUCUAAAUUAGAAUCCGGGGAGGGAUUGGGUGGGAAGUACACAUUGUGCUUACUGUCUGUGUUCCCAUUCUAGUAGUAUUUCCUUCCUUUUAAUAUACCCUUGAAUUAGGUUAAUGAUCAAUAUUUAUAAAUGGAAUUUUUCAUUUGCCAUCCCUGUCUUGUUUCAGUAUAAAAGUUCAGAUAUCUCUGUAAAAUGUAUUGAUAAUAUUUACAUCUUUGAAAUAAUCAGUAAAAUGGUCUGGUACAGGAGUUAAAUAACAAUAACACACACACACACACAAACACAAAACCACUGAUCUGUGAUUGCUUUCCCUUUGUGUCUACUGUCGUAUACAUAUAUACAACUAUAUAGAUAACUAUAUAUAACUAUAUAUAAUAUAUAUAACUAUAUAUAGUUAUAUACAUAUAUACAACUCUCUCCAUAUAUAUAUACAUAUAACUGUCAUUUACCUGUAUUUGCAAUAAAAGCAUAAUGAAUUAGACACCAUGCUUAUGCAUUCAUUUAUUCUAUAAGCAUUUAUUAAGCACCUGCCAUGCUCUGAGAACAGUGCUGUGUGCUGGGAAUAUAAGAGUGAAGAAGACCCAGCUGGGCUCUAGGGCUUAAGGGGGAGGGCUCAUGGAAGUAAACCAGCAAUUAUAUUAUGCUAUGGAAAGUUGCAUAAUAGGCAUAAGCUCAGAGUUCUAUGAGAGUCCACAGGAAUAACUCCUGAUUUUAAGUGCUGGGAAGGAUAGUGGGAAGGUGAUGGCAUCUAAGAAAGUCUGGGGAAGGUGCAGAGGUGUCAAGCCUGGAUGAGUGGGAAAUUAGUCAGGAAUAGUGGUGGGGAGGAUGAAGUGGUAUGGAGGGCUGGGGACAAGUGACAUCUAUUGUAAGAUCUGAGGUUGGGGAGAGGAAGUGAAGGACUGCUAGUGAAGACAGAGGCAGUGUGUAAAGCACCUAUGAAGAAUUUGAAAUAGCUCAGAAAGACAAUGACUUUAAGGGAGGAGUAGGAGAAAUAAGUCUGUGGCAGAGGUAACAAGGGCCCAUAUCCUCAGAGUGACUCUUGAGAGCCAACAAUGGCCUUGCACCUUCAGUCAGACUGAACAAUAUACCUGGAGGAACUCUGCAGGGGAUCCUCUGCCAAUGCAGUUUAUUUCAGCACCCAAGCUGUUGAGUGUUCGCAUUUAGGCUCUCUUCAUUCUGAUCCCCCUUACCGCUUCUAACCUGGCUCAUAGCUCCCCAUAAGCGUUCCCUAGAGAGUCAGCAGGUAACAAUUUCUGAGAGGGAGCCCUGGUAUAAGGAUGAGUGUCAUAUGGAAAAUCACUUAUUAAAGAGUGGGGGCUGCUGCCUACCGGUAGCGUAGGAUCUACGUCUUCAUUUCCUUGCACACGCCAGCUUUCUGCCUUUUUCAUCCGUCUGAUCACCGGUGGCUACUCCCAUCUGCUACCUCCUAUCAGAUGGGAGGGAGUUGGAAGACAUUCCUCACAUUUUCAUCAGCCUCAGGAAGAGAACGACACAAUCGUCUCGCUGGAGGAGUGGCAGGGAGAAGGAAGAUAUGUCCUUUUGUAUCCAAAGUCUGGCCGGCUGAGAUGCAGAAGCCUAAUUAGAGCUGUCGGCUUGGGGAUGCCACUGCGCAGGCGCACUCCGCGGUUGCUAGGGCAAUACAGCCCAGUCUCAGUGAUCUUCCCAUCAGUAGCAUUCCAAAGUCUGAAUGCUAAGGGCAGGGCUUCUAGCAACGAGAAAAUGAGUAAUUGGAGAGUCCGAUCUGAAAGGGUUCUUGAAAAUGGGGUGGGGUGGGGUUGUCAGGCGGGAGAGUAUCCAACUCAAAAUCUGGGACCUUGGAGCAGAGUCUUGCUUGUGUGCUAAACAGCAAUUCUCUCAUUCUUAACCUGUACAUGCUUAUGAGACGGGAGAGGGGAUGGAAGCAAGCACGUUAAGUUGCCAAGUUUUUUUACUCUGACUUUUUGGAUUGGUGCAAUUUCUGGGUUCACAAACAUGUCAGCUCUUCUGGGGGGCUCCAGUAAAGAGAGACAGAAAUCUGCCACGGGGAACGUGUAGCAUCUGGACAACAAUGAUCAAUGUAAUGCUGCAAAUUGUUUUAAUACUAAAUAUGCGCCAGGCACUGUGCUGGGUUCUUCAUGUUCUUAGAUCUAAUCUUUCCACCAUUUCUCUAAGAAGCAUUUUAAUAGUCCCACUUAGCACUAAGGGAAACUGAGGCUUAAGUAAUAUGUCCAAGGUCACACAGCCAGUCAAUGAGAGCUGGGCUUGGAGUCCAAGGAGCCCCACUCCAGGCCUGCCCAAUGUUCCCCCUCAAAUUUUCUGACUUUCGGGAUAUACAAAGAAAGGCUGCAUGGUCAGAGUGGAGAGGCAAGAUGAUAGCACUCAGGAGAAUGAAAGUGAAGCUGAAAUUUCUCCAGGCUCUUCCUUGUACCACCACUGGGGCUCCAUGAGAGCUGUCUUGGUAUGGAAUAUGCAUUUCUGUCCAAUCUCCUUACUCUGCCCUAUGAGUCUUCUCCAGCUGAACCUCUUCAAGCCUCCAGCCUUAUCUGCUUAUCUCAUUCAGAGAGUGUCAAAUAUCAUCUUUUCUGGAGCUCCAGAAGUGUUAAGUAAUUUUUUUUGGAAUCCUGAACGAACAAUGACCUGAAAGAACUUCUGACCUGUCCAGGGUUGCUCAGAGUGCAAGAACAGAAGUGGGAAAUAGUCCUGUGUCACAGAGACCACAUGCAGUUUCCCAGAAGUGACAAGAGUGAGACUUGCAGGGCACAUGCCUAUGGUGUAUGUAGGAAAAGGUAUAGUCUCUCUGUGGCCACAGCCAUUCCUUUGAAGACCAAGAGAGAUUUGAGUACUCCCAUCCUUCAGGCACCAAUUUAGAAUUAACACCCACUAAGAAAUACUUAGGGGUAGAAGUGAGUGUCUGGUAAACAAGACUUACAGAGGAUGCUGUACAAAUUACUACAAUAUAAGUCAGUCGCUAUUAAGCCUUUAGAACACCAGACAAAAUAUCUUUCUUAUCUUUGUGAACUCAUUUGGAAGAUAGAAAGGCCUGAGUUCAUUUGCAGACUGUGGGCCAUCAACAUCCAACAAGUAUUGCAGUUUUGGCCACAUUGGGGCUUGCAGAAUAGGUAUUGGUUAGAUAUGGAUUCAUCAUCCUGUAUAUAUUCCAUCCAGAGUCCUCUUUAACCUAUGAUUUGGAUCAUAGUUUUGAUCCUUCUUAGAGAGAUAAGACGGAGAAUAUAAUCACUUUCAGUGAUUUGGAUCCUUCUUAGAGAGAUAAGAUGGAGAAUAUAAUCACUUUCAGUUCCUGAGUCCCAGGAGUGCCCUCUUUCAGGGAUGAGUGGUUAGAAAAGCCUUGCCUGCACUUUCUCUCCAUCUGCUUCUGUAUACACACACAAGCCAUCCAGAAAUAAACAUACAAUCCAAGGAAAACCUGAGCUAGAUUUCAAGGAAAUUCCCCCUGCUCCAAGGAUUGCUGCCCCUAAAUCCUCCAAUACUGACAAUAUAGAUCAACUCAUAAGUGUCUUUCAUGUUCAGACAAGACCCCCACAGUCUCCUUCUUUCUUCCUAGAGGGGAUCUCCAGACAGUAAGAUUUCUCACUGAACAAGGUUUGUUUUCCAUCUCAGUGAGUGCUCAACAAUAUCUUUAGGAAUUCUCUGCAGGCAGGAUUUGAAGCUAGGUGCCAAAAAAAAAAUAGUUGCGAAAAAGUGUACCCUGAAAUAUUAAUACCCUUGCUUUCUAGACACAAUAGUAAUAAACAAGCACCUGAUAAGGAUGGGACAAUAUAUUUGGAAUGGUUAAGAACUCUAGAUCUGGACGGUACUUUUUCUGUCACUUACUAGCUGUGUGAACUUGGUAAAGUUACUCACAUCUUUCUAGGCCACUUAAUGCUGUUUUCAAUAAAUUGAUAGAAAAUCCCAGUCACACAUCUACCAUUUGAUGAUGUCGGAACUGUGACCCAAACCAGUUGUACCUUAGUCUAGUGAUAUUUCCAUGCCAUACAACUGCUUUUAAAACUACUACUUGUCAACACCUGGGUAGCUGAAGUCAAACAACUCCUGGGUUGUUAGAAUCACUAGUCUUUGUUUUCUUUAGAAAAUACUUCAGGCAAAUGUUAACCCCAGGUGGUUAUGAAUUAGUGAGGUUUAGGUGCAUCAAGAAUAUAUUAUUUGUAGACUCCAAUACACAAGAUAUUUUUAUGGACGCUUAUGGGUGGUCUAUUUAAGCAGACCUCAGUGUCCUACAGGAAACCACCUGCUUAGUUGCCACUCAGGGCAUCAGUCAGUGAGGAUGAUUUCCUUUCAAAAGGGGAAGAGUUAGGGAGGGAGUUGGGAGCUGAGGCCUAAGGUCCAAGCAGCCUCUCUCAAACUGCUCUUCUCUUGAGAGCAUCUUCUUUGGCAUGGGCUAGACAGGAUAAAGUUUCUGUCCUCUAAGUGUUCACUUCUUUUGUAGUAUCAAAGGAAAGGAGGAUAGAGAAAGGGAAGACACAAGAAUAGCCACUGUUUCUAAAGUUGACCUCUCUACUGAAGACUUGACCUGCUUAGGCCACAGUUCAGAGAAAUUUAUUUUCCUGUAGAGUCUGCAGGAAAAUGGUGCCCUGGCGAAGGACCAAGCCUGGAUUGCCUCCUUCUGCAAGAUAAAGAGGGCUGCUGUCCUGGAAGAAGGUAUUUAUCAUUCCAGCUGGUAAAGGAGAUCACCCUGAGAUCCAGCUGUGGGGGCCAGGUGUGGAGAGCUGGUUGCACACAAGAUUGCUCCCCUUUCUCUGGAAUGUUGGGGGGUGGGGGUUGCAAAAGGCCUAGGAGGGAGGGACUAAGAAAAAUAAUCUUUGGCAGGUUGUUAACAUCAACCAUUUAUAUAAUGUUUCCUCACAUAAAUAGAGCCAUGGACAUCCUUAUAGUUUCUAACAGGGGAGAACUGCAGAACUCCUAGAACUAACACUUUUGUCCAAACCCCUGCAGUAGUAAGAGAUCUAACUAAACUCUUGCAUGUUUCUCACAGCCUAAGGCUGGGUUCCUAUAAUUGACCGCAAACCCCACUAAAAUGACUGCCUGAGAAAGUUCAAUGCUGCCAGGAAAAUACACUGUUUGUUCUUGCCCAAAUCUGAUGAUAAGACCCUGAACUCCCUUUUUUAGAGCACAUAGUAAAAAGGGCUUAUUACGGUGAAUAUGUAUCUCUUACAAUUCAGAAGUGACUCUCCCAAGGACCUGAGAGCCAUUCCUUUGAAAUAUAAUCAAGAAAGAUAGGAACUCUGUCUUCCAGUCUCUGUGGAGGGACAAAUCCUAACUUUGAUAACUGCCGACUAACAAACACAGCUGGCCUAAACACAGUGCAUUUACACUGACCAAUCUUUUGUAAUUUUCACUUCUCUGACUCUACUCAGCCCCCAACAUCACUCUCCCUUUAAAACGCCCAAACCACCUUUGCAAAAAUUGGAAUGGAGCUCAGCUUUUUUCAGCAUUGUUAGUAGUUACUGAGUAAGAUCUGUUUUCACUACUUUAAGUAUCUUUGACACAGGGAGGAUGAAUAGUAUCCAGACAUGUGCUGAAUGAAGAGAAUUCACUCUCCAGCUCUGAGAGGGAACAAACUAGCUAGUCCCUGAGGUGAGUGAUAAAGCCAAUACCUCUUUUCUAGAUAGCCUUUGUUGCCUACUCCACCCACAAGGAACCAUACCCAGCUCAGCUCAGCCCUCAGGGAGUUCCACUUGAGGCUGUCCUGCUCCCUGGAACCCCUAUACACUGGAGAAGCCCAGAGAUGUCCGGCCUAUCUGAAGACCACUUACCCAGUUCUAUUUAAUAAGCAAUUUUGAAACGCUUGUUAUAUGCUGGCCUUAUUGUAUUAGACACUGGGGUACAGGGAUGAAUUAGAUGUGACCCCUGUCUAAUCUGUGUUCUAACUCAAUACUCAGCCUUGAGUCUGUCAAAAUAUAUGAGCAAUCUAUUAAUGGUUUUAUUUCAAUGCAUACCUGUUUCAUUUAUAAAUUUUCCAGUUGUUUCUUUUUAAAAAUAUACCUUUUUGUUAAAGAAGAUUCCUGUUCCUGUCUUACAAAUUACAGUCCCUUUUUCAUCUCUUUCAAUAUUUAAAUCAGAUUUAUCUUAAAGUUAUUUUUACAUUGAUCUACUAUUGCGUGUUUCAUUAAUUGUGAAUUCUGCCAUUUGUUGAGUCUGAUUAUUAUCUAACACUUCAAACUAUAAAACUACUACAAGAAAAUAUCACAGAAAUUCUCCAAGACACUGGACUAGGCAAAGAUUUGAGUAGUACCUCACAAGCACAGACAACCAAAGCAAAAAUGAGAUAAUAUCUAGUUAAAAGGCUUCCAAAAGUUAGAGGCAAGGUGGCUCACUCAAUGCAGCCAAGAGAAAUAUCUGCCACCAAGAGACUAGGACAUUGGUAAGACUGGCACACUCCAAGCAGAACUUUGGAGGGAAGACAAUGAGAACUGAUGGAGGGAAGAUGCAGAUGCUGGGCUAUAGAGAAAGGAAGCUGGGAACCCUGCAAGGGACUUCCAUGCACUGGGAGUUUUUCCUGGCCACCAACCACUCCCAGGGAAAAGGUAAGUUGAGCAGGUGAAGAGCAACCCACCCACGCCAUGGAUCUCUGGAAUUCUGGCAGCAGGAGACCCCAUAAUCUGCAUGGACACUUGUACUGGCAGGCAGAGCUGCUUAGAGAAGUGGUAGAGGCAGAAGACCAGCCAGUGUGGAACCCAAAGGAUUUGGUGUGAGUAUCUUCAGUGGAGUACAGCCAGGGAUGUCUAUCCCCCAAGGUUCACCUUUACUCCCCUAGGAGACUUUAGCCUUAGGGAAACUGUUGGAUCUGAACAGAGCAAGGUGAUCUUGCCUGUGAGUCAGGACUGGUCCAACCUGAGGAAACUCCUGUUUGCUGGGGCCUCAGGCUGACUGCACAUGCUUGCAGUGCAGCCUUGGGUGCCCAGCUGGAGUGCCUCCUGGAGACACACAUCACAGCUCCUACACUGACAGACCAUGCCUGACCUUUGCAGAGCUUCAGCAGAGCAGCUCCUACUGGUACACACAAGUCCACCCACACAUUCCCCCCACUAUGGCCUCCUCUGUGCCCCUUUGAUAGCACAAAUUUGCCCACGGCUACCCCUGACAUUGCUUUGUCAGUGCAUGUGCAUGCUGGUUGACCUCAACUCCCUUCCCUGCCAGCAUGCAUUUAUGUGUGCACCCCACUAUGCCACUACUCUGGAUGUGAGCACACCCUGCCCACUCCUGCUACACUGCCAUUGCUUGCAUGAAUGUGUGCAUAGAGACCAGCAGCCCUGGCCUCCACCCUGUGUUGCCACUGCUGCUUGUGUGAAUGCGUGCAUGGAGGACACUAGCUUCCUAUCUGCCAGUGUCAUGCUUCCACACCAACACUGCCACCAACAUGAAUGCAUGAAUGGACAUCAGCAGCCCCAUCCCUCCUACAUACUGUGCCACCACCACUGCUACUAUAAAUGUCCACAUGGAAGCUGGCAACCCUGUGCCUUCCAGACCCCUUAUCCAGCCAAUGCUGUGAUUCCACCACUGCUGGCAUGUGGGAAUUAGCAUAGAUUCCACUGCCACCACCAAAUGAAGUGUUUGAUUGGCACCACCCAUUGGAGUGUUGUAACCAGCAGCCUUGGAAUACAUCAACCCCUCUAGUACAGCAGGUUCCUAAUAUCAAGAAGCCAAAGAAAAAAGGUGGGGACCUAAUACCAGCCCCCCAGGGUUAGUACAUGAGGCCCAGGAGUCCUGAGGUGAGCCUUGGCCUCCUAAAAUCUUCCAGAAACAAAGUCUGUUGACUGAAUCUACCACAGCCAAACCCCUAAGGACAUCAAAGAAGACAAAAAAAUCUACCCAAUGCUUUCCAAAGAAACAGGAACCUCAAUUACUGAAGAAACAUCAGCCCACAAAAAUGAGAAAAAAAGCAGAUCAAGAAGUCUGGCAACUAAGAAAGCCACAGUGUCUUCUUCCCUUCAAAACACUGCACUAGUUCCCCAGGAAUGGUUCUUAACCAGGCUGAAAUGGCAGAAAUGACAGAAAUAGAAUUCAGAAUAGGGAUAGGAAUGGAGAUCCUUGAAAUUCAGGAUAAAGUCAAAACCCAAUCCAAGGCUUCUAAAGAAUACAAUAAAAUGGUAAAAGAGAUGAAAGGCAAUAUGGCCACUUUUAGAAAUAAUCAAAGUGAUAUGAUAAAACUUAAAAACUAACUUCAAAAAUUUCACAAUGCAAUCACAGUAUUAACAGCAGAAUUGACCAAGAUGAGGAAAGGACCUCAAGGCUCAAAGGCUGGCUCUCUGAAAACAAAAUAAAGAAAAAACAAUAAAGAAGUAUAAACAAGCCUCCAUGAAAUAUGGGAUUACCUAAAGACACCAAAACUAUGACCUAUUGGUAUCCCUGAAAGAAAGAAAAAGCUUGCACUUCCCCUUUGCCCAUUGGAUUCUGCUCAAUAAUAUUCACAUUUGGUCAAAAUUAGUACAAAGUUCAGCCAGAAGCUUCUUUCACCCUGUGGCCCUUCCUUAAUUUCAGUGGCUGUAUCCCCAAGGAAUCCUGUGAGAUAAAGACAAGGAUGAAUUCCACAAGCUCAAGCUGGAAACCAGGAGUGCCUACAGGGCUCUUUCCACUACUACUUCUACUUUUAUAUUUUGCUAAGCUUCCUAAAUCCGUUUCAGCUCUAGGUAAGGUAAAAUCUUUCUCCCAAGAUUUAUCACUUCUUUGGUUAAGUUAAUUUCUAGGUAUUUUAUUUGUGGCUAUUUUAAAUAAGAUUGCCUUUUCGAUUUCUUUUUCAGAUUGUUCACUGCUGGCAUAUAGAAAUGCUACUGAUUUUUGUAUGUUGAUUUUGUAUCCCGCAAUUUUGUUUACUAGUUCUAAUAGAUUUGGUGGAAUCUUUACACUUUUCCAAAUAUAAGAUUAUAUCAACUGCAAACAAACAUACUUUGUCUUCUUCCUUUCCAAUAUAAAUGCCCUUUACUUCUUUUUCUUGCCUGCUCUAGCUAGGACUUCCAGUACCAUGUUGAAUAACAAUGAUGAAAGUGAGCAUCAUUGUCAUGUCCUAGAUCUUAGAAAAAAAUAGCUGGCAGGUUUUCCCUACUCAGUAUGAUACUAGCUGUGUGUCUGUGACAUAUGUCUUU